AAAAAUAUCCCACUAGUCAGCUGUGUUAAAUGCGGCUCUUGUCAAAACUGUUGAACUGAAUAGUGCGUAACGCCGCGCGAAAACUUUUGUUUUAGUUUUUAAGUUAAAUUUAUACGUGCCGGUGUCAAAAUUUAAACGUAGGGCACAGUAUUGUAUACGACAAAGAAGCGGGAAGUAGUAACAACUUACACCACAGUCGGCAGAGGCCAUUCAUAUACAUAUAUAAAAAAAAAUGGGUCGCAGCCGCAGCCCCUCACCUUCACACAGACGACGAGAAAAGGAACGUUCAGAACGUAGAAAAAGACGGGAGCGCCGCUCACGAGAACGCGAACGUGAACGUGAGAGAGAAAGAGAUGCAGCUCCAGGCAGCUCCCGUUCAUUGCGUCGACGCUCACAUGACAGAGAUGAUCGCAGAAGUCGCAGUCGGGAUAGAACGAGUCGCCGGCGUUCUAGAUCGCGUUCACGUGGUCAUGCGUCUACAUCAACGGGUACAUCAUCUCGGCGUGGUGCUAUAGCUGAACGACCAAAAAUCAGUGAAGCUGAUUUAGAAGGAAAAUCACCAGAAGAAGUUGAAAUGUUAAAAACUAUGGGUUUCUGCACGUUCGACACGACCAAAAACAAAAAAGUCGAUGGCAACGAUGUUGGAGAAGUGCAUGUAAUCCUAAAGCGGAAAUAUCGACAGUAUAUGAAUCGCAAGGGCGGUUUCAAUCGUCCACUGGAUUUUGUGGCAUAGCAGAAAUUUUAUGUUUCGAUACGUUGUUAUCGCUGACAGAAAGCUACAAACAUUUUACUACUAUAAUUUUUGUAAAUGCUUUGUUAUUUCUACAUAAUCAGCAGCAACAACAAUGGAACGAAUUUGAAAUAGCAAUUAAGAGACCUGCAAUUUUAUGCAAUAGACCGGUUUACAAAAUUAAUAUCAAAAUUUCCACACCACUACCUCAUCAGUAUCUAAUAUACUUUUGUUUACUGUAACCUUAUAUAUUAAUUACAUAGUUUUUAGAUAAAACGAUUUGUUUUUAAAACAAAUCUAACUAUAGGUUGUAUACUUUAUGGAGAGUUCAGUGCACAAAAUAAUUUCGAUUAAAAUAAUUGAGUACACAUAUUUGAAAACUAUCUAAAAAUUAUACACAAAGAGGUAUAAAAUUUAUAUUUUAGUAUAAAUCACUGUUCUUUCCUAAAAGCCUUUAUAAUACGUUAGAAAGGUAUCGCAUGAACAUAAUCGCCAAGUGCAUGGAUUGUUAACAUACAUAAUUGACAUAAUUUAAAAUUGUUCCAAAAAUAUUUUUUAAAUUUUGAAAGUAAUUCAAUCUUAUGUAUCGUAUCGAAAAUGUUAUUAACUGUUUACAUAUAUAUUCAUAAGUUUUGUAUACCAAUGCUAAAACUAAAUUUGUUAUAUAAAUAUUGAUACCACUUGGCGUUUAAGUCCGUGUCUUUUUAACGUCUGACAUUUUUAUUGAUUUUUAAAUAUUUAAAGUAAUUUUUAUAAACAUAUUUUUUUUUGUUAAAAAACUUUAAUUUCUUGUUAUGAAUUAACUGCAACAGUAUAGAUUUGAAAAUUAUAAAAUUAAAUCAAUUACUUAAAAUAUUUGAAAACAUUUAAACACAAAUCUCCCCUCAAUUUUCCCCCAAUUAUAACUCCUCCAUACGCUGCAAUAGUACAAUUUUAUUUAUUUAUACAUUAUAUUAUUAAUGAAAAUACAGAGAAAAUAUAUUUAUACACAUACACCCCAUUCCACCUUACUUACCUUUUAUCCAUUCAACCAAUUUACCAAUCCAAGACAAUAGACCAAAUAUGCAAUAGCCAGGGAAUUUUUAUACUUUUUAUACAUUGUUAAUAACAUAAAGUUUGUUAAUUAUUAAAUAACAGUUUAACAGUUAAUUCACACGCAAGUGCCAUUAAAAACUAUUUAUUAAAACUUGAUAAAUACAUUCUUUGUAACUUUGUAACUCCACGUCCUCUGAAACUUUUGAUUGGAGAGACGCGGUUGCUUAUUGAAAAAAAAUAAUUAUAGUAC